CUUAGCAGCAGCAUGCAGUGCAAAAUGCAGCAGCACAGCGCACAACUUCAUAGUGAUCACAGAAGACGAGAAAUCCCAACUUUCAUCAAGUGCAUGCAACUUUCAAGCUUUAUGAGGCACAAACAAGUUGGUGGAGAGCUCUAACUGGUGUCUGAGCAGCGGGUUGCGGCACCGGCUGCUACAUGACUGAUUAGUGCAAGCUACGGGCAUUAGAAGUUGAUCAGAAAGGGGAGAAUGCUGAACGGGCUGAGUGGUAGUUGUCUUCCCAGCUUCCCAAUGUUUGACCCUGGGCGGACAUCACAAGAGGGCUGAAAUCUUUUACACGAUGUUCGAGGCCCAUGUGCUGCACAUGCUGCAGCGGUACCUUGGUGAGUACGUCCGGGGUCUCUCCUUGGAGGCACUGAAAAUUAGCGUGUGGCAAGGAGAUGUGGUGCUCAAAGAUCUCCAGCUUAAGGCUGAAGCUCUCAACGCCCUCAAGCUCCCCAUCAUUGUCAAGGCUGGCUUCCUUGGGUCCAUUCGACUUAAGGUCCCAUGGAACCGCCUUGGCAAGGAACCGGUCGUCGUCCUCUUGGACAGAAUCUUCAUUCUGGCUGAGCCCCUGGUGGAGGCCUAUACUGGCGGAGACGAUGACGAGGAGAAGAAGCGAGAAGCAAAGCGCCGCCGAAUCGAGGAGGCCGAGUUGGCCAUGCUCGAAGCAAGGGACAAGAAAGCUGCACCUGCGGCACCCGAGGGAGGCUCCUGGAUCGGUUCUCUUUUAGCCACAGUUGUUGGCAACUUGAAGUUGUCCAUCACCAACGUUCACAUCCGAUAUGAAGACACCACAAGUAACGUUGGACACCCUUUCUGUGCGGGGAUUACUCUGGCCAAGCUUGCCGCUGUCACCACCGACGACAACGGGGUGGAGACUUUCGUUGCCAGUGGCGCACUUGACCGGCUCAGAAAGGCUGUUGAGUUGGAGCGGCUUGCUGUCUACCACAACCCAAACAGCACACCAUGGAAAGUGUCCCGCAAGUGGGAAGACAUGUCACCUGGAGAGUGGAGCGAAAUUUUCGAGCCUGGCAUCUCUGGCGGCAGCGUGGAGAGCCGCCCCCGCCCCGGCCUGGCGGAGGCCCUCCCGCAGGUGGACUGGGCCGCGGGGCGGCAGUACCUGCUGCAGCCCAUCGGGGGCAAGCUGCAGUACCUGCGGCGCGGCAAGCGGGACGCGCGCCUGCCCCACGAGCCGUUCCAGAGGGUCGCCGUCGUGCUGGACGAGGUCGCGCUCACCGUGUCGGAGGCGCAAUACUGUGAUGUCGUCAAGAUGAUGGAGCGCGUCUCGGAGUACCGGGCUCGGAGCCAGUACGCAGCGUUGCGGCCCCGUGUCCCGGUCCACGCGGAUCGGCAGGCCUGGUGGCAAUUCGCAUACAAGGCGGUGUUGCAGGACCGGAAUCUGUACAGGCGGCAUAUGUCGUGGCAGGGUGUUCAGACUUUGUGCGAGAAGCGGCGGCGAUACAUCGGCCUGUACAGCAGCAGCCUGCAGUCUGGAGCCGCAGUGGGGUCCAAAGUGCAGAAUCAGGAGAUCAGGGAUUUUGAUAGCCAGCUUGAACCUGAGGUGAUCAUGGUGUGGCGCCUGCUGGCGCACGCCCAGGUGGAGACGGCCAAGCAACGCGAGGCGGCUGCGGAGCGCGAGCGCCUGCGUGGCAGCCACUGGUGGUCCUUCGGCUGGGGCUCUGGCGCGCAGCAGCAGGAGGCGGGCGACGACGGCGGCGAGGCGGGCACGCCCAAGGGGCUCACCGCGGCCGAGUGGGCCAAGAUCAAUGAGCUGCUCGAGUUUCAGCCGGGGGAGGAGCGGCUGGAGGACCUCACGGGCGGCGAGGCGCCCAACAUGCUGGCCACCGCCGUGGACGUGACCAUGCGCCGGAACGCUGCGCGCAUGGUGAACGCGCAGGGGCAGCGGAUCCUGGAGGGGGCGUUCGAGGGCUUCAAAGUGGGCCUGCGGCUCUUCCCCAAGACCGUGGAGGCGCACGUCAAGCUGGACUCGUACGGGCUGAGCGCGCCAGAGGGGACGCUCGUCAAGAGCGUGCGCCAGGAGGGCCGCGACGGGGCACUGACUGCCCGCUUCGUGCAUGCGCCGCCCGGGGACCGCGCGCUCGACUGGAGCCUGUCCGCCGGUGUGGCUCCCUGCCAGGUCACCCUGUGGAAAGCCAGCCUGGACCGCUGUGUUGCUUUUGUUCAGGCGGGCCACGCGGUGAGCCCGGCAAUGAGCCUGGAAACUGCCGCGGCGCUGGAGAGCACGUUCGAAGCUGUGCGCAAGUCCGCCCGCGAGCGCGUUGCUGCUGCGUUGGAGAAGCGGCUGCGCUUCGCCAUUGACCUGGACAUCGACGCCCCGAAAGUCGCCAUCCCCGUGGCCGCCGCCGGGGAGGAGCGAGUCCCGCGCACGCAGCUCCUGCUCGACUUCGGCCACUUCACUCUACGGACCGACCCCGAGGAGCGCCCCGAUGACCUGACCCCCGAGGAGCUCGGGCUGUACUCGCGCUUCCGGGUGCGCGCCAGCGACAUCUCUGCGUGGCUGGUCGAUGGCGCAUACGACUGGGCGCAAAGCCGGCUGGACGGGACCACGCAAGGGGAGGCCGGCAGCAGCGGGCCAGCAAUCGCGCAGGCCAGGAUCCUGCCCGUGCUGGACAAGUGCGGCCUGGCAGCGGCGGUGCAUCAGAUCCACACAACGCACGCUUCCCACCCGACCACCCGCAUCGCUGCCCGGGUGCCGACCCUCGGCUUCCACUUCUCCCCGGCCCGCUACGAGCGUCUCAUGGCCGUUAUGCGGACGCUCUUCCCUCUGGAGGACCAGGCAGAUCUUACCACAUAUUUGGGGGCUCCAUCGCUGGCGUUCAGCAAGCGCGACCAUGCUGGAAAAUUGCAAGUUCUGACGUGGACGGGCAUUGGUAAGACCGUGGCCCAGUGGCAGCAGCGCUACGCGGUGCACGCCGGGAUGUACCUGUACCUGCUGGAGGGCGAGGCGGCGCGCAGCUACAUGCGGUACAGCACCCUGUACGGGAAGCAGCUGGUGCCCGUGCCGCCGGCAGCCAUCGGAGGCUGGGACCAUGUCGUCGCGCUCUGCGACCGGGGCGCCGACCUCUCCAAGGUGGCUGAGUCUAUCCAUUCCCUCGUUCUCCGCUUCGACUCGGCGGAUGCCCUGUCCGCCUGGACCAGCAGCCUGAACCAAGCCAUCUACCGCGCCUCUGUCCCUCUGCCCCUCACCAUCGUCGGCGAGGGCCUGGAGCCGGCCAGCGACGAGGAAGACGCCGAGCCGGUGGAUGCGGCCGCGGUCAAAUCGGUGUUCUUCAUUGGCGUCCUGGAAGAGCUGACGGUGUCCCUCAGCGCUCGAGCCACCAUUGCGGGCGCCAUAAACCGAGACAGGUGGCAAGAAGCGGUCAUUCUGCAGAUGCGUGCGCUUGGCGGCAAGGUGGAGCUUGUAAAGCGCAUCUUCGAUCUGUCCAUUGGUGUCGGCCUGCACUCAUUAGAGAUCGAGGACGUUCUGUACGGCCACAACGGCCCCCGCUGCCGGUACAUCGCCCGCUCCCUCCUGGAAGCUGAAGGAGAGCAGGACGGCCCCGCCUCCCCCCCUCGCAUACCCCCCCUGCAGAAGCUGCCAAUCAAACUCCCGGAGCGACGCAUCAUUCUGGAGGAGAGUGUGGGGCCCGAUUCGGAUGACGACGGGUUCGCAGACGCACUCGAGGAUUUCGCCGGUUCUCCAGAUUCGGUGGCUUCCCGGCGCACCAAUUUCCAGUCCCCGACGUUCUCGGACCGUCUCAACUUUGACGCCGCUGACGACGCGUCCACGGACGGCUUGCCUUCGUUCGCCCACUCGGGCGGCUUGCUGCCGCGGGUGGCGGGAGGGGAGGUGUCGGCGGAAGUGGAGGCAGACUUUGUGACCAUGCAGAUCGUCAUUCGGCAACCGGACUCCCCGGAGUACGACCGACUGGACACGCAGCUGGCAAUCCAAGUGGCCACCCUGGAGUUCUUCUGCAACCGCCCCACCGUGGUGGCCUUGACCGAGUUCGGGCUGGACGUGAGCACCAUCCAAGCGGCCUUGACCGCGGCGCAAGAGGCGGCGGCCGCGGCCAGCGUGGGCCUGGUGGUGUUUGGCCUGGCGGGGCGCGGGAAGGUGCGGAUCAUCUUCCAGCUGCUGCUGGACAUGGACACCGCCAGGAUCUACCUCAACCUGGAGGACGGGGAGCAGCUCGCCGUGCUCGCCGAGGAGCGCAUCCACAUGGACCUCAAGGUGUACCCUUCGUCGAUCCGCAUCGUCGCGUCUUUGGGCAACCUGCGGAUUGCGGACCUGACUCUCCCCCCCGGGCACCAGUACUCGUGGGCCUGCGACAUGCGGGACGCCAGCAGCAGCUCGCUGGUCGAGCUGCAGUUCGACUCGUUCAGCAAGGACGACGACGACUACGCGGGCUACGAGUACGGCCUCCGAGGGAAUCUGCAAGCUGUCCGGCUUAUCUUCCUCUACCGCUUUGUCCAAGAGUUGAUGGACUACUUCCACGCGCUGGCCACCCCCGACACGGGCACGGUGGUCCAGGUCGUGGAGAACGCCGGCGUGGAGCGGCUGAUCAAGCAGUCCGAGCUGGACGGAGGCGUGGCGCUGAAACUGGACAUCGUAGCCGACGCUCCCGUCAUCAAGAUGCCCAAAACCUCCGACAGCAACGAGUUUAUGCAACUUGAUCUGGGUCAUUUGCAACUGUCCAAUCGCUUCGAAUGGCGCGGCGGCGUCAAGGAGGAGCCCUUCGCCGUGCAUCUGGAUAUCAUGGAGAUCAAGGGCCAAGACUUGCAGUUCAUUGUGGGCAUCGACGGCCAGGCCGGGCGGCCGAUGUUCGAGGACGUUCAAGGCGUGACUGUGACCGUCAAGAGGCCCCUCCGAGACCUGUUCAAGCGGCUGCCGGAGGUGGAGACGGACGUGCAGAUUCAAAAGCUUCGUGCGGUGAUGUCCGACAAGGAGUAUCACGUCAUCACAGCGUGCGCAGCGAGCAACAUAGCGGAGCCGAAGCGGGCUAUACCCACCUUCCGGGGUACCGGGCAGCAGAGCGGGGAUGCGGCCCCAGAUGUGGCGGCCGUGGUGGAUGCUUCAGGCACUGCUCCCGGUGGGGAGGCCGCCGAGGUGGGCGAGGCGGAGCUGGGCCUGCGCGCGCCGUGGACCACCAACCGCGUGGUCGUGCGCGUGGAGCAAGCCGAGCUGGAGCUCUUCCUUGGCUUGGAGAGGGACGCCUCACUAGCGAGCCUCAUGAUCCGAAACCUCUGGCAAGUGUACCGCUCAACCUCGGCUGGCGAACAAGAGGUGCUGGUGACUCUCCCCCAGUUCUCUGUCAUGGACACCAGACCGAGCACCAAGACCGAAAUGCGCUUCAUGGUCGGGUCCGCCAUCGACGUGGACUCUCGCGGAGUGCCCGUGGCGGAUGCCUCGCUGCCUGGCGCCGCGGCUCCUUGUGUCGCCACAACCGGCUCACCCGAGCUUCCGCGGCUGACCAUGCUGCUGCUGGACUACCGCGCCACCAAGAGCGGUCGCAGCCUUGCGCUGCGCACCCAGAAGCCCCGCCUGCUGGUCAGCCUGGACUUCCUGCUCGCCAUCGCCGACUUUUUCGUCCCCUCCUUCCACUCCUCGGAAUGCAGCGCCCCGACUGUGCGCUCUGACCCCGUGGGGAUGCAAGGCAACGUGCGGCUCGACGGGCCCGAGUACGUCCAAGAAGCGCCCGACGCGUGCUUGUCCCCGGAGCGGCAGCUGGAAGUGGACGGGCCCCACUUGAGCGAGUUUGUGUACGACGGCAAUGGCGGUGCGCUGUACCUUCUGGCGGAGGAGGGCGGCCCCGUGGUGGCGGGCCUGCCCCCGGCCCCGCUCAUCCUGAUCGGCAACGGCAAACGGCUGCGCUUCCGCAAUGUGCGCAUCCAGGGCGGCGUGCACCUGGACGCGUGCGUGCACCUCGGGGCGGACAGCAGCUACAGCGCCGCGCCCGAGGACGGGUGUGUCAUCCAGGAUGCGCAGGGCACGCCCGCAUUCCUCCUCUCCAAGCCGGCCAGAGCGGACGAGGAAGCCGGAAUUACGUCCUCUUCUCUCACGGCGGAAGGAACGGAUCUAGCGAUGGCGCUUGACGUUCAAGCCGUGGGCGUAGAGCUGACGUUUUACGACACCACUAAGUGGCCGGUAGGGAGCGUGCUGCGGCCGGAGAAGCUGUUGCGCGCGCGGACCGACUUCAGCUGUAUGCUCACCAGCCAGGGCGAGGACCAGCGCGCGAGCGCUGUGCUCAAAGGCAUGCGACUGGAAGGCGGCUCCGGGCUCACGGUCAUCGAUCCUUUCAACGCAACCCUCGACUUCUCCAAGCACAACGACAAGCAAGACCUGGCUCUCGCCAUCUCCCCAAUCACAGUCCGUGUCACGGGCAACGUCCUGCGGCUCCUCCAGCGGCUCGAAGCCGACUUGGUGUCGACUUUCCACCUGGGAGGCGAUCAGAUAGCGGCCCGCUGCUCCCAGUUCGACAGGAUCUGGCUCAACGAGACUCUCGCCAGCUCCCAGCAGCAAGUCGCGUUCUGGCGGCCACGGGUGCCCCCCGGUUAUGCUGUCGUGGGAGACUGUGCCACGUCGGGUGCAGCGCCCCCGUCGCAGAGUGUAAUGGCCGUCAGCACCGCGUUCGAGCGCGUCAAGCGGCCGCUGGCGUACGAGCUGGUGUGGACCUCCAGCAGCCUGCGCACGGGGAGCAGCAGCGAGGACGACAGCGGGGGAUCGGAAGCAAGUGGGGGCUCGAACGGAACUUCUGCCCGAGAGUGCACUGUCUGGCUCCCGGUUGCGCCGCAAGGGUAUGUGGCUGUGGGUUGCGUUGCCUGGAGGGGCCCGCAUCCUCCGCCGCUCAGCCUGGCGGCGUGCGUUCGGAUGGACCUGCUGACGUCGUCCAGCUUCAGCGACUGCAUCUACUACGUUAAGGCCCAGCCUAGUGUGGGGUACCCCUACCCGAGCAGCUCCAUCUGGCGUAUCGAGAACGCCUUCGGCACCUUCGUGGCGCACAUGGACGUGAAUCAGCCGCCUCCAUCCUCGGCAUACGACCUCCGGGAGUUCCUGCGCUACUCCCAGAUCACUCCGACCGCCACCACUCCAGGCGCGACUCCGAGAGACCAGCCCAGCAGCCCCAGUCAGAGCAGCCGGCGACUGGACAUGCAGGGAAGCACUCGAGGAAAACUGGAGAGCUUAACGUCGAGAGCGGGGAAGUACUACUCAAGCGUUGCUCAUUUUGAGCGGAUGUGGUGGGACAAAGGGUCCGAUGCAAAGAGACACGUGUCCAUUUGGAGGCCCAUCGUUCCCACUGGCUAUGCAAUGCUUGGGGACUACGCCAUGGCGGGGUACGAGCCUCCCGUGGGUGGCCUUGUGAUGCGUGACGAUGGCACCGGGCGGCUUGCGCGCCCGUUGGGGUUCAAAGCGCGAGCGCACCUGGUGGGCAAGAACAUCGAGGAGGCGUCCGUGUGGCUCCCUGUGGCCCCACCCGGCUAUGUGGCACUCGGCUGUGUUGGGUCAAGGGGCUUCAACCCUCCGGAUCCGGAUUGCGUGCGCUGUGUCAGGAUGGAUCUCGUGAACCAGGCCCACUUCCAGGCGCGACCGGUGUGGGAGUCUCUUGGGAAGGCUGGCAAAGGGGCAUCGUCGUGCAGCUUCUGGCGGGUGGAGAACCAAGCCGGAACCUUCAUGGUGCGGAGCGAUCUGAAGCCUCCCCCAUGGCGCAUGGCCUUUGGCUUGGCGGAGCUGGGAAAGCCAAAGCUGCCGGAGAACAUCGCCAUGGAGGUCAAGACCGGCCGAAUGUCAAUCACGGCUUUUGACGACUUCUCCGGACUGAUGAACCCGGUGGCUGACGUGAGCAUCAGCGGCACGAACCUGCUGGCCCACGGCCGACCGGAGCUGAUGAACGCGGUCAUGAUCACGUCCAUGGCGGCCUCCACGUUCAACAGCCAGCUGGAUGCGUGGGAGCCCGCCGUGGAGCCGUGGGAGGGGCUGGUCAAGUGGGAGUCCAACAACGACCCCUCGGAGCAGGCCCUCCCCGCGGGCUCGCGCCUGCGGGUCGCCGCCAGCAGUGUCAUCAACGUCAACGUCAGCAGCGCCAGCGUGGAGACACUGGUGGCAGCGCAGCUGGCGUGGAAGCGGAACGUGGAGCUCGAAGAGGACGCCAGGAAGGAGCUGCAAAUGGCCUUGGCGUCUGGCGGUGAUUUGGCGGACGGUCCUGUGGCCGUGGAGGGGUCCUCCGCGCUGGACCAGGACGACUUCGCGCGGGUGACCAUGGAGAACAAGCUGGGCCUCACCGUCUUCGUCCAAGCCGUGGACGCGGACUACUCGUCCAUCCAGCAGCUGUCGGCGGGUGAGUGCGCAGUCGUGCGGCUUCCCCCGCCUCGUUUCCCCGAGCUCUACACGGCAGGGUUCACGCACCAAGACGAAACCAGGGCGCCUCGACAGUUUGUGGCCGUGCGCGUUUCCGCUGGGUGGGACCUGCCCGGAGCAGCAGGCGUCAGCGAUCGGGAGUACUUGUGUGCUCUGGAGGUGCUCUCAAGCGGCCAGCCGCGCAAGGGUCGCGAGUCGAAGGUGCUGCCGCAAAGAGCGCGAACGAGAUGCGUGGAGCCGGGUUUGGAAGUGCAGGGCAGGACAGUCGUGCGGUGGGACGAGGUGUUCCUGUUCGAGAUUCCCGCCGGUGCUGGCAGGUCGGAGCUCGAGCUCACGGUUCUGAACCAGGCCGCCAACGGGGGGCGCGGAGAGCCGGUCGGCGCAGCGUCGAUCCCCGUAAGCGAGGCCAGCGAAGUGCAGCAGAACAAGUGGCAGGUCGUGCGGGAGCACCUGGAUCCGCGGAAGGGCUUCACCUGGCCGGAGGUGGCGGUCAAGACGUUCCCGCUGCAUGUCGUGGGCGACCAGGAGAAGACUCCGGCGGGGGGGCAAGUCGAGGUGGCUCUCGCGUUCCUCAAGUCGUCGAGCACGGGCGAUGCGGACGAGGGCCUGCUGCAGCGCUCGGUGCAGCUGGGGCUAGGCGAGGACGGCCCGUGGACGGCCCUCCGGUCGGUGCUCGCGCUGACCACGUAUCCCGAGCGGCUGGGCGACGCGCACUUCGCGGUGGACGUGGUCCUGAAGGCGGGCCUCAAGUUCGUGGAGCUGCGCAGCCUGGUGGUGCUGGCCAACGAGCUGGACUGCGCGCUGGAGGUGUGCAUCUGCCCGCGCGCGCUGCUGGACCACGCGGACGCGAGCGUGAACAGCCCCGCGGACGGCUCCGCGGUGGUGGUGGAGGAGCAGUUCGAGAACCAGCGGUACCAGCCCAUCCGGGGGUGGGGCUCCAAGUGGCCCGGCAACUUCGUGCCAGGGGACCCCUCGCGCUGGAGCACCGCGGACGGCGGGCAGUCGAGCCAGGAUUUCAUAAACAUACCGCUACCGCCUGGCUGGGAGUGGAGCUCGGACUGGCACGUCGACAAAGUGGGGUACGUCGACAUCGACGGUUGGGCCUACAACAUGGACUUCAAAAGCCUGAGAUGGCCACCCCCCACUGUCAAGUCCCGGAAGAAGGGCCCCUUCGACUUUGCUCGGCGGAGGAGGUGGAUCAGAACCAGGAGGCGGGUGUCCGACGAGGAGGGUGGCGCUCGGCUGGGAGUGGGAGUCGUUCCCAGUGGUGGUACCAUCUCCAUGCCGUGGACCAGCUUGCGGCCUGGCUCAGAUUUCUGUGUGCAAGUGCGGCCGCAGUCUGCUGCCGGGCCGACAGCGGCGUGGCACGCGUGGGGCCGGCCCGUGGCCAAGGCGGAGAUUGCCCACCCGGAGGAGAGCCUCGGCAGCGACGGCGGCGGCAGCGGCAGCCUCAUGCGGGGCAUCAGCGGCGGCCUGGCGCGGCUCAACAGCGGGCCGUCGGCGCAGAACAAGGACGGGGUGCCAGGGAACGUGUUCCAGCUGCGCAGCUUGAGCAAGACGGAGGAGCUGCUGCUGUGCAACCCGCUGCCCAGGAGCGGAGAGGCGCCGCACGGGCCGGCGUGGCUCAGCAUGGAAGCGGACGCAUCCAUCCUCUACAGCGAGAUGAACAACCCCGUGCAAGACUGGCGGUUGACGGUGGCUGCUCCGCUGACCGUGAGCAACCUGCUACCUGUGCGCGCUGAGUACCAGAUCUGGGAGAAACCAAAGCGGACGGCUCCCGUUCUUCGGCAGCGGGGGGUCAUCGAGUCUGGCGCGAGUACACAGAUCUCCUCUGUGGACGUUCGGCGGCCGAUCUUCCUCUCGUGGUGGCCUCAGGGAGCUUGGAAACCUGAGCGCGACUUGGUGUUGAUCAGCGACCCGACCAGGAUCGAGGCGGAGCUGCCGAGCAGCUUCAUGGUGUCCAACACGCGCAGCGGUCGCCGGCUUCGCAUCAGCGUCGAGCACGACCUGGGCGAAACUGACGUGGCGGCCAAGCGAGUGCGGCUCUACGUUCCCUACUGGCUCAAGAACGAGGCGGGCGUCCCUCUGUCGUAUCGCCUCACCGAAGUCGAGGACGUCGGCAAGGCCAGCAAAGCGCCGAGGCUGCCUAGCGCCAAGCCCGCGGUGCGCAGCGCGGCCGCAUCGCUGCAGCGCAUCGUGAAGAGCCUGGAGGCGAUCGAGGACCAGCACGAUCUGCCCGUCAUGCUGAGUCUGCCCACCUCGGACCGGGUCGGCCUCGCCGUCAGCCUGGGCCACGACGGCGUCGUCAGCAUGGCCAUCCCCUUCAGGGCCUUCGAGGAACAGUUGGACCGCAUCGACCUGAACGCGGUCAACUCGAGCGGGACGUACGCGAAGCUGUCCGCGAGCAUCGAGAUGUCGUCGUACGGGUACGAGCGGACCAAGGUGAUCCGGCUGCAGCCGCACACCGUGUUCACCAACCGGCUGGGCCAGACGCUGUACAUCAAGCAGCUCGCGGUGCCCGACGAGGACGUGCUGGGGCCCGCGGACGUGGCGCGGCCGCUGCUCUGGAGGUCCAUCUACGAGCAAGAGCUGGUGCAGGUGCGCAAUGACAGCAGCCGGUGGAGCCAGCCGUUCAGCUUGGCUGCGGAGGGCAUGCUGCACAUCACGCUGCGCACGGUCGCCGACAACUCGCGCCAGAUGAUCCGAGCGGAGAUCCGGAACGGGGUGGCGGCCUCGCGCUUCUCGGUGGUCUUCAGGGCGUGCUCGGCGCAUGGGCCCCACAAGUUGGAGAACCGGUCGUUGGUGCUGCCCAUCCGGUUCCGUCAGAAGGGCAGCGCCGAGUCGUCGUGGGUGUGUCUGCGGCCGGGCAGCAGCGCCAGCUUCAACUGGGAGGACCUGCUCCGCGAGCGCAUGGUGGAGGUCCUGGUGGACGGCGCGGACCCCGCCACGGCGCGCUCCUACGGCCUGGACCAGGUCGCCGAGUACCCGCCGCUCGCGUCCACGCGCGGGCCCGUGGCCGCGCUGCACUGCAGCGUCUACCGCGAGGGGGCGGCCAUGGUGCUGCGGGUCGAGGACUGGAAGCCCAGCACCGGUGACCUGGCAAUCGUUUCACGCACCCCGUCCUUUGCCGGCCUCGGCGCCAGCAGCGAUGCAGUCGAGGCGCCCGGUCUCUUGAACCGAGCCGAAGCCGGCAAGGAGAUGGAGUUCCACAUGCUGUUCGACAUACACGACUUGGGCAUCUCCAUUGUGGACCACAGCCCCGAGGAGCUGCUCUUCCUCGCCAUGCACGGGGCCAGCGUCGCCUACUCAACGGGACUGGCGGGGGGAAUCACCAGGUUCGAGGUGCAAGUGGGCAGCCUCCAAAUUGACAACCAGCUGGCGCUGACGCCGAUGCCGGUCAUCAUGGCGCUCGAGGAGGCCACGCACGGCGUGCGGCCCGAGUGUGUGCUCAAGGUCACGCUCAGCAUGCAGAGUGCGCCCGCCGACCAGGUGCAGACGUACCCCUACGUCGGGGUGCAGUUUGCGGAGUCGGCGUGGCUGCUGAACAUUCACGAGCCGCUCCUGUGGCGGCUGGUGGAGAUGCUGUCGCGGCUGAAGCUGGGCCGCCUGGUGGAGGAGCACAGCACGUCCGUCACCGUGGACCCGCGCGUGCGCAUCGGCCUGCUCAACCUCACCGACCUGCACUUCAAGCUCACGCUCCUGCUCGCACCCGCGCAGCGCCCGCGCGGCAUCCUCGGCUUCUGGUCCACGCUGGUCACCAGCAUCGGCAACACCAACGAAAUGCAGCUCAACUUCCAGGGCCGCGUGCGCGAGGACAUCCACAUGCGGCAGAGCCAGCUGGUGGAGAGCAUGAUGCGCGGCGCGCGCAACGACCUGCUGGGGCAGCCGUUCCACCUGCUGACCGGGCUGGACAUCCUGGGGAACCUCAGCUCCGUCGUGGGCACCCUCAGCAAGGGCGCGGCGGCGCUGUCCAUGGACAAAAAGUUCAUCCGCAGCAGGCAGAGACAGGAGACCAAGGGCGGGGUGGAGGACCUGGGCGACGGCCUGCGCGAGGGCGGUGAGGCAUUUGCCAAGGGCCUCUUCCGCGGGGUGACGGGCAUCCUGACCAAGCCCGUGGAAGGCUUCAAGGCCAGCGGCUUGGAGGGCUUCGCGUCAGGCGUGGCGCGCGGCGUGAUCGGCGCGGCCGCGCAGCCCAUGAGCGGCGUGCUGGACUUGGUGUCCAAGACGACGGAUGGCUUCAACGCGCAGGGGCGCAAGAUCUCGGCCGCCAUCACCUCGGAGCAGGCGCUCGCCAGGUCACGCCUGCCGCGGGCCAUUGGCGGCGACAGCAUCCUGCGGCCGUACGACGAGUACAAGGCGCGAGGACAGAUGAUGAUGCAGCUGGCGGAGCGCGGGACGUAUUUGGGGCAGUACGACAUCUUCAAGGAGCGGGCCAAGUUCGCCACCAGCGACGCCUACGAAGACCACUUCAACCUGCCCAAGAACCGCACGCUCAUCAUCUCGCACCGCCGGGUCCUCCUGCUGCAGCACCCCCUGUCCCUGACGGGCAAGCGGCCCGAUCUGAUGAAGGAGGCGUGCAGCAUCACGUGGCACGUGGCGUGGGAGGACCUGAUGACCACGGAGCUGCUCCACAGCAAGCACGACCCCCCCGGCGCGCCGCACUCGCGCGUCGUGCUGCACCUGCGGUCGUGGAGCCACGACGCGCGCCUAUUCGACACCAAGGAGAUCGCGCGCGUGGUCAAGUGCCACCCGGGAACCACGGAAGCCGCCAAGAUCCGGGAGGCGAUACAGCAAGCGUACGAGAUGUACGGGCCGGACCGGGCGACCAUCGCUGCGCUGAACUCCCAGCGGCGGACUGCCCGCAAGCCGUACGCUGGCACCAGCACGGGCGCUGUGUCGGGGGCUGCCCUGGGGCUGCUGGCGGGCCCCGCGGCGCCCAUCGCGGUGCCGAUCAUGGCCACCUUUGGGGCGCUCGUGGGGGGCGCCGGGCAGGCCAUCCUGCAGGCGGAUGCCACCCAGGAGCAAGACAAGCACGGCCUCGCAGUGCACUCUGAUUCUCUGGUUGGCCAUCGGCGGACUGGCAGUAACCCUGGGGCUCUGCACAAGCGGCGUGCCUCCGGCGACCUGUCCCGCCGCUCUGGCCUGGGGGAGGGGGGCGCGCCCGCCGCAGACCCCCCGGCGUGCAAGCUGGUACGCCAGUUCCGGCUCAUGUGGUGGGACAAGGGCGCUGCCUGGAGCAAGCGGUACACUGUGUCCAUCUGGCGGCCCAUUGCGCCUGCCGGGUACGUGGUUCUGGGCGACGUGGUGCAGCGAGGAUACGACGCCCCCAAGAUGGCCAUGGUCUACCUGGACGACUCCAACGGGCAGUUCGCGCAACCGGUCGGAUACGAUCUGAUCUGGCGCGACACGGACAGCGGAGCCCGAGAACCGGUCACCAUCUGGCGGCCUCGACCUCCCUCCGGUUAUGUGGCGCUUGGCUGUGUUGCGGUUCCUGAUUACUACGAGCCGGACCGGAGCAUCGUCCGGUGUGUCCAAAACGAAUGCACGACGGCCGCUAAGCUCGGGGAGGAGCCCGUCUGGAGGGACCAUAAGGGCGCGGCUCUUUGGCAGUGCAGCUUGUGGCAAGUAGACAACCAAGCAAGGACGUUCUUAGCGAGAAGAGAUCAUCAACGACCAAGUGAAGACGGGGCGUUGGCUGUACGAAGCAUAGAGACAUUAGAGUAAGCUGGUUACGCAAGUCGGUUUUUUAACAAUUCUUCGCUCGCACAAACACUUCGGAUUUGAGGUGUUUCGACUGUUGUAGGUACAGCGGAAAACAGAGCAGUAUUAUCCAAACGAGUCAGAACGUUGCCCCGCCCUAUUAGACUACUGGGGUUCUUGUAACAUACAUGAGGGCUGCCAAGCAUCCAAUAGCAGCAGCGACGGUUCGAUCAGCAUUUGAAGCUCAUGUGCAAUCCAACGGCCUAUGGAAAAACAGUGG